AUGAUUCUUUUUAUAUAUUACAUAAUUAGUCAACCAAUUACAGAGGCAUUUCGUAAUAAUGCUGACCAAUGUUGCGAACAAGGACGCAUUCAAGCGGAGCGUACUAAAACAUGUACUGUAACAUUACAAACGUUAAUAACAGAAAAUGUUAAAAAUCAUUCAACCAAUUGUCGUUUUUUAACACAUAUUUGUUGUUUAUCAAAUUUACGUAGUUAUUUUUGUGAAGAAGGUUUAAAAACAGCUCUUCGUUUAUUACCAUGUAAUCAAACAAAACUUGAAUCAAAAGAUUCUUAUCAGAUAUGUUGUAAAUGUUGCGAGUUAGGUGUUCGAGCAGGUCGAGAUAAAGAAGAUUGUGAGCCGGUGACUGUACUUGAUGAACAAUGUGGUGAACAAUUUACUAAUUGUUGUCAAAAAGCAAAAUCUUUAAAUUGUGAUAUUGGUUUUGAAAUGGAUAAUGAUGAACGAUGUAAAGAUAUUGAUGAAUGUCUCUUAAAUCCAUGUCCAAAAACAAUGAAAUGUGAAAAUACACCAGGUAGUUUUCGAUGUGUUGAAGGAUGUGAAUUUGGUUACACGUGGUCAAUUAAACAUGGAGCAUGUCGAGAUAUUGAUGAAUGUGCUCUUUAUAAACAUAAUUGUACAUAUGGACAUCGUUGUGAGAAUAUGCCAGGCUCAUUUAGAUGUAUUCGUGAAAGAAAUUGUGGAACUGGUUAUCAAGUUGAUCCUGUCACACAGACAUGCGUAGAUGUUGAUGAAUGUGAACAAGAUAUUGAUGAACCUGGAUAUAUUUGUAAAAAUGUUCCAGGAACAUACAAAUGUGUACCACAAAAUUGUACAUUUGGUGAAAAAUUUAACGCUUUCUAUGGUCGUUGUGAAAAGAUUCAAUGUCGUUCAGGUUUUAAUGUAACAGUAAUGGGAAAAUGUGCUGAUAUAAAUGAAUGUGCUCAAAAUCCGAGUCCAUGUAAACUUGGUGAACGUUGUGAUAAUACACCAGGUUCUUAUCGUUGUGUACAAACAUUUGCUUGUGCAAAUGGUCUUCAAAUGAAAGAUCUUCAAUGUCUAGAUAUUGAUGAAUGUGCUAUUGGUAAUCAUACGUGUCUUCCACCAGCAACAUGUAAAAAUACGUAUGGAUCAUUUUAUUGUCAAUGUCCAACUGGUUUUAUAUUUAAAUCUGGUGUUUGUAUUGAUGAGGAUGAAUGUUCAAGAGGAAGUACAAUAUGUCCAAUAAAUUCAUUCUGUCGUAAUACUCCAGGAUCAUAUAUUUGUGAUUGUGUUUCUGGAUAUAAAAUGAUAGCUGAACGAGCUUUUUGUGAAGAUAUUAAUGAAUGUGAAAUUUCACCACAUACAUGUGAACAAAGAUGUAUUAAUGUUCAAGGUUCAUAUUAUUGCUUAUGUAAGGAAGGUUAUCGAUUAAAUAACGAUAAACAAACAUGUCGAGAUCUUGAUGAAUGUUCAAUGAUUGCAAAUUUAUGUCAAUAUCAUUGUGUUAAUACACCUGGAUCAUAUAAAUGUAUAUGUCCAUCAGGUUUUACAGUGGAGCGAGGACGUCAUUGUCAAGAUAUUGAUGAAUGCCAUCUUGGUACACAUAAUUGUCGUACUGAUGAUAUUUGUGUUAAUCUUCGUGGUAAUUUUCGUUGUUAUUCUAUUGAUUGUCCUCAAGGUUAUGAAAAAUUCGGAAAUAAUCGAUGUCAAUUAAGUACACAAUGGUGUCAUGAACAUCAAAAUGAUACAAAUUUACGUUGUACAAUUAAUAAACCAUAUAAAUACGUUUAUUCAUUUAUAUCAAUUCCAGCUCGAAUGCGUACACCAACAGAAAUCUUUCGUAUACGGAAUAGUCAAUUAAAUAUAAAUCAACAUGCUGAAUUUAAUUUAGAAUUAAUUAAUGCAAAUGAUCUAUAUAAAAAUUUAUCACAAACAACUAUUGAAAAUUUUAACAUAAAAAUUCAUUCACCACAUGAUGCUCAUUUAAUUGUUGUGAAAGAAUUAGAUCCAUUACAAGAAAUUGAAUUACAUAUUCAAAUGAAAAUUUUUACAAAUUCUAUUUUAUCUUCAAUGACGAUUAUGAAAGUUUUGAUUUAUGUUAGUCAAUACGAUUUUUAUCCUUAG